AAGCGUAGCAGACGUUUGAUGAGCGGUUCAGAGGUAAAAAAUGAAUCUUAUAGAUUAUGCCAAUUCCGAAAUCGGGAGGAAGUCGAAGAAGAAAAUCCAGAAAGUGGGAGUCACUUAAUGCAGUAUCUUGUAGUGAUUGGUCUUUGCAUUAGCAUGAUUGGCGUGGGAACCAACCGAGCCUGGACUUCCCCUGCGCUGCCUCAUCUGAAAUCUUCAAAUUCAAGUUUCCUUAUUACAGAAACUCAAGGAACCUGGAUGGUAUCUUUACUAUUAAUUGGCGAUCUUAUAAGCAGUAUUAUUAAUCCUCUUUUUAUGGAUUAUUUUGGGAGAAAGUACACAAUAACUCUGUUCACCAUUCCCGCCAUAAUCAGUUGGCUUUUAAUAAUUUUUGCAGAAAACUAUCUUUAUCUAUAUUUUUCAAGAUUCCUUGCUGGAUUCCAUCUGGGUUGCACAGUAAACGCAAUAGUAAUUUACGUAUCAGAAAUUUCCCAAAAAAAUAUUAGAGGAACUCUCAUAAAUAUAAUAAGAACAGCUGCAGCUUUGGGUUACUUUAUUUGCUCAGCAUUAGCAGCUUUCUUUUCCUAUAAGAUUUGGAACAUCAUCUGUCUCUUAUUACCCAUCAUUUUUUUAACAAUUUCAUUCUUUUUACCUGAAACACCUUAUUUCUACUUUAUGAAAAAUCGAGAUGAAGAGGGUCUAAAAUGCUUAAUGAACCUUCGAAGUAUUUCCAAUUCAAAAUUUCUCGAUGCCGAAAUUGAUGAAAUUAAACUUGUGAUCUUGGAAAAUCGAAAGUCAAGUAAAAUGGUCUUGAAACAAUUAUUUGCAGAUAAGCACAAUCGAAGGGACUUGCUGAUUUUAUUUGUAAUGUUUGUGAUACAAUUGCUUUCAGGAAUAUUAGUUGUCAAUUUUUAUACUGAAGAAAUUUUAAGCUAUAGUAGCACUUUUAUGGAUCCUGGAAUUCAAGUUAUGAUUGUAACUGGAAUUAAUGUUAUUGCUUGUGCUUCUGUGACAUUUGUGAUUGACAGAUUUGAGAGAAGAUCUCUAUUUCUUUAUUCGGGAUUUUUCUGUGCUAUAUCUUUAGGAAAAAUCGGAUUAUUCUUCUUUAUGAAACUGUACCUUAAGGUCGAUGUUUCGUCAAUAACGUGGCUUCCUCUUUUGGGUUUGGUGACGUAUAAAGUUUCAUAUUCUCUGGGAAUGGGUCCCAUACCUGAUAUAAUGAUGGGGGAACUGUUCCCCGUUGACGUGAGAGCCACUGCUUUUUCUUUCGUGGUUGUAACGACAUUCAUAUUCUGCUUUCUGACUGCAGCAGGAUAUGAAGUUUUAAAUAGCACGGCUGGAAUUUAUACGACAUUUGGGUUUUUUGCACUUUCAUCUUUUAUCGGACCUAUUUUUAUCUAUUUUGUCACACCGGAAACUAUGGGGAAGACUUUGGAGGAAAUUCAAGCGAUGAGGUAUUAUGAUGUCGAGGAUAGAGUGGAAUCUGAAAGAUUAAAUUCCAAAAGAUGAAUAAUUCAAAAGAAAUGCUCUUAUCAAGCAUUAUCGGUGUUAUUUAUGAGUCAAAUGUAAAUAAAUAUAAAAUUUAACUGUGAUACUGAAAACGCAGACACAAUGUACGCUGUUCUCAUCGCAUUAAUAUAUUUAAGAAAGAGUAUUAAUUCCUAAAGUUAUAAAAAGUCGAAUCUUCGGAAGCCCGUGAUUGCUAUUAAUAGGAAUUAUAUGAAAAAAUUCGGUCCCAAGAAUAGUGCGUAUUUUAAAAUUCAUCAACGUAUCCUGGAGCACAAACGCUUUUUAUUAUUUAAAUUCAUUAUCGCCUCUAGAAUUCACAGAUGUGGUCAUUGCACAUAGGGCAGUAAAAUCUACGGAAAGUUGUAAAUUUUAUUAAUUUAAAAUUUAACUUAAGAUGCUAUUAAAUAAAGCUGUAAUAAUAUCAUUACAAGUUAAUUGUAAUUUCUGUAUCGAAAUGAAAAG